GUAUUUUGAAUUACCACUUACUUGCAUGCCCACGCAUACUCAUUCUCUCCAACCCAAAUCUAGAGCUCCCAAGUACAAUGCUUUCUUCACAUGCAAUGAGGGUAUUUUGUCCAGUUUAACUAGUUUUCAACCGGAUCCCGCGCCUCAAAGCUCGUUGAUUUCCCCACCGGUCAGUCUUUGUUGGUCCCCUUUUUCGUCAAUGCUCUUAGGUCUGGCCGAACUCAUAUUUUUCCUGAUAGUAUGUAAUCCCUACCUUGAAGAGGAACAUUACUACCAGUUAAAGACUCCGUAUUCUAAAGGUCAUAAUGGGUGUAUUGGGGAUCUUGGCAGCUUCUUGGAACAAUUUCUUUGACAACACUAGCGCCUCUGGGGCGUCCAAUGCCGCCCGUUCCAAGCAUCCCUUGCGGAAAACGGCUUGGUUGUUCAUCUUCGUUCUGGGAUUGACCUUGACCAUUUGGGGUGUUUAUCAGGUGGUGGUUGAAUACUUGUCGUAUCCGGUGUCCACCACCAUCGCAUUAAGACAUUACAGCAAGAUCCAAUUCCCGGCGGUGACUAUUUGUAAUCAGAAUCGAGUGGAUUGUGAAAGGCUUCAAAGAGUCAUUGAGGAGUGCCAAUUGACCCCGGGCCAGUGCCAGGUUAACGUGACGAAGGUGGGAAUCCUGGAGAAGAUCAAUGCCUCAUCUUGUCCUUUACCACCUCAAGAAGCUUUGCAAUUGGCCUUGGCUAGUGGUCUAGGCGCUCUGGGGGGUGCUGUUGGCGAUGUACUUGGUGGCGUUGGAGACACUACUGGAAUUAUUAUUGGUGGGGACACCUCGGAUGGAGGUGGGGGUGGAGGAUUGUUGGGAGGCAUUUUGGGAGAAAUAAGGACACCUCUGGUGAAGAUGACCUUGCCACCACUGGAUUUGACCUCAAUGAUCGCUUCUAUUCCUGAGAUAACUAGCCCUACAAUUUCUAACCUAUCCCUGAUCCCAAACCCUACCAUCGGAGCCAGUAUCCCCUAUGUACCAAGUCCUCAAGGAACUUCCCAAAAUGCCUUCCCCAUCCCGCCCACUCUUACUCCUCCUCCAAUAGCACUAUCUUCAAUGGGAACACAUCCCAAUCCAGACAUCAUUGCUACAUCGGUUUACGUCCCAGAACCCACUGAUCCAUCGAUUACCCUACCAGGCUUAGGGCGGAAGAAGCGCUCUCUACUAGACAAUGAAACGCUAAAAGAUGAUCGACCCGCCGAUGUGGCCUUGGAAAAUGAGUUUUUGGAACUGUUCAUGAGACUGGACAACCACGAACGAGCAUCCAUUGGCCAUGCCUUCGACGAAUUUGUCCUGACGUGCACAUUUCGGGAAGGCAAUUGUAAAAACAGCAGCUUCUUUUGGCCUUCCCAAAGUCCAAAUUAUGGCAAUUGUUACACGUUCAACUCUGGCAUCAACGGCAAGGAUCCUCAGGGUGGUCGACGGGUGUCGUCCAUGUCUGGACCGUCUUUUGGUCUUACCCUGGUUCUCAAUCUAAACCAAACCAACUACAUGCAAAGAGGACAAACCACCCAAGCUGGCGCUCGAAUGGUCAUCCACUCGUCUCACGUCCGACCCAUGACCGAUGAAUUUGGAAAUGACCUCAUCCCUAACACCCUUAAUAGUGUGGCUGUUCAAGAGAUCGUGAUUGGACGUGAACCAGCUCCUUACACCUCCGAUUGCAUCACUGAGUGGUCCAAAACCAACUAUUCCGACUUCAUCCCAUCCUCUGGGUACAAUUACACACUCUCUCUUUGUCAACGAUUUUGCCUAAUGACCACCUUCCAAGACACUUGCGGCUGUUUUCAUCCCCAUUUCCUAGAGGGCGAUAUGAACCGAGGCGAUUUCUUGCCCUGCAGUUUGACCCACGGAUCCAAUCAGUCCGAGUGUAUUACUCGAGUGAUCGAGGAGGUUGAUGUGGGCGUGAGAAAUUGCUCUUGCAAAGUGGAGUGUCUGGAAUCGGAUUACAAGCUGUCGCUCUCUCAAUCCCAAUGGCCAUCGACGCAAUUCUCGGUAAGGUCUGGGAUCACAUGGCCUUUCCGGUCAUUCAUGGGGGUUUCUUUUCAUUUUUUAUUUCAGGACGAGGCGCGGGAACAAUAUGGUUUUGCCGAGACCAAACCCAACGAAACGAGCCUGGAACAGAAUUUGGUCAAGAUCAGGGUUUUCUUCAACUCGCUCAAUAUUCAACACGUGACCGAGUCGCCCAAAUACUCGUGGUCGGAUGGGACAAUGAUUUCGGCUUUGGGUGGCGCCCUCUCGUUGUACUUGGGGAUUUCCGUGGUGAUGGCGAUCGAGUUCUUGGAGUUCUUGAUUGAUGUCAUCUUGAAUGUUUACAGCUUUGGGAUUCGAGGAAAGAAGGUCAAGGACCAGACCACUUCAGCCAAAGGCUCCGUGGCUUGGGGUUUAAAUGGGUUGAAGUGAGCGUGACCAGAAAAUGUAAGAAAGGAAGGAUCAAUAUUAGGAUCACUGGACCGAUGACGCUUUUUAAAGCACAACUUGAACUGAAUUUACGAAUUGUACCGUCUAUUGUAAGAAUUAGCAAAUCACAUGCACAAGCUCAAUGACUGUGAAAUAUGUACUUUUCGAUAAUAUACGUACGAGUAUUGUUGUUUUGCUCUUAGAAA